AUGUCCCAAGACGACCUGCAACAACUCCGACGCUGGAGGACCCUUGGUGCGCGCCAGUCGGAAAACGUCGUGCGGCUCGCACAGCGCGUGCUCCAGGCCGGCGGACUGGGCGACGAGGAAUGGCCUGUCCGCGAGCAGCUCACCAUUGCCGCCCUCGACUUGGGCCAGGUCAAGCUUGCGAAUCUCCAACUGCGCACGCUGCAGGCCAAGUUCCCCAAGUCGCCGCGCGCCGACCUGCUGCUGGGCCUCAAGCUCGAGGCCGUCGAGGAGUUUGAGCGCGCGCGACAGCUGUACCAGGGCCUGCUGACGAACAACGAGUGCAACGUCGCCGCGCACCAGCGCCUCAUCGCCCUCUCGCCCAGCACGCAGGACGCCAUCGGCAACCUCCUCACGUACCUCGACACGUUCUACUCGGACGCCGCGGCGUGGUCGCUCCUCGCCGAGCUGUAUGCCAGCCUGGGAGCGUACGCCCAGUCCCUCACGGCCCUGGGCCACCUCCUGGUGCUGCACACGUGGGACAGCCAGGCCGUGACGCGCUAUGCGGAGACGGCGUACACUAUGGGCGACUACCAGCUUGCGCUCAAGUACUUUCUCCGCGCGACCGAGAUGGAGACCCCAGCCGAUGGUAACGCCGAGGGCUUCCGCACGCGCUCGUGGUGGGGCGUCAAGCAGACGGCCAAGCGUCUCCUGGACCCGGCCACGCGCACCGACACGGCCAUCCCCGACGACUCUGUCGUGCCGCCCGCCAAGCUCCAGAAGCUCGAGGCGCUGGCGACGGAACGUAUCCUCGCUGUGGGCGGUGCCAACAUGGACGCGAGGAGAGCGGUGCUUGCGGGAUGA